UGGAACGUUGUGCCAUGGGUAUCCAUUUAACAUUUUACCCGCUAUUUUUACUGAUGAUAUUUUCAGACGCGAUGGAAAGCAAACAACAGCUAUCAAAUCUCACCAUGACACAGCGGCUGGACUCACUGUUCAAACGCCCUCGUUAUGAUCCCAGACUCCGUCCUUACUUCAACGAAAAGCCAGUGACUGUUAAGGUGGGAUUCUGGGUAAAGUCUGUUUUAGCAAUCGACGCAAUUAACGAAAUGAACAUGGAUUUUGGUUUAGACAUUUUUCUUCGCCAAAGAUGGACGGACCCUAGGCUUGAUCAUGGUCUCCGUGAUACAUUGUCUCUUAGCAACACUAUUAUCUCCCAGAUAUGGCUGCCUGACAGCUACUUUAAAAAUGCUAAGGAUGCAAGCUUCCAUGACGUCACUGCUCAAAAUAUGAUGAUCACAAUCGGCCCGAGUGGGGUGGUGGAUUACAACGCAAGGGUGACCUUAAAAGCUUCUUGUCCAAUGGAUCUUAAACUUUACCCAAUGGAUGUUCAGCACUGUCCUCUGAUAAUAGAAAGCUAUGGUUAUGAUAUGAACAAUAUCGCUUACAAGUGGGAAAUCAAUAGCGAGGAUGGCAUGUCUUUUGUACCCAGUGAUAUGAAGAUGUUGCCUCAGUUUAAACUCACCGAGUUACAGUUAUCUUUAUUAUACACCACAUAUGUUAUCGGUAACUGGUCGGGAGUGAAAGCUUCAUUCACCUUACAGCGCCUGUACAGUUACCAAGUGAUUCACUUGUACGGACCCAGUGCCCUUAUUGUCACACUCUCCUGGCUCACCUUUCUACUGCCUCGGAGCCAGUCUCCUGCCCGCGUCACGCUGGGAGUGACGUCAGUGCUCACUAUAGUAACCAUUCUUACAAUGUCCAACAACGCCAUGCCUAAGGUGAAUUACGUGAAAGCUAUUGACAAGUACUUGAUUGUAUCAUUUCUGUUUGUGUUCUGUUCUUUGGUGGAGUAUGCCUUCGUGCUUCUUCUUGAUCGUGGAAAGCGAAAGUUUGAGCAGAGAAAGAGGGAUCUCAAAAACUUCAAAGACAAGUUUACCGAAAGUGUGAGACAACAUAAUGGUAGUACCCGCAGACGCAAAAAGUCAGCGGUGACACUCGAAGAAAACGUGAUCCAUGCAUUCAGGAACGGACGAGAAGAGUCAGCCAACCACACAAACGGAAAGUGUUUAAAAUGCUGCUCAGAUGACAGCCUGGGGAAGCGUGUUCCACUAACCAAGACGCCAAGUAAUUGUGGGAAAUCUUUGAACAAUGUGUGGGAAAAUAUUUAUCGUGAAGCUUUCAUUGUUGGUGUUGAUGAGUUUUCUCUCGGGUUAUUUUCGUUUGUAUUCUUGACCUUCAACUUGUACUAUUGGUUAACACUUUUCUUCUUUCCUGAUUAUAUCAUGUAGCACCAGGUCUUAUUACAAGCGGAAUGAAACACGUUACCUAAACAUUCUACGUCCUUGUUUCGAGAGUUCUAAACUUCACAAAAACUUAGCAGGGUUAGGUUGGCAAGUGCCAUUGUGCCACUAAAUAAAAUCUACACCAGACAACCGCAUUCUUUACACCCUAACAUCAGUAUACAUACUCGCCAUACUGUUCUCUAUAAAUCUCCUUGAGUGCUGUCAAGGAGAAUUUCCUCAGGAAUCGAGAGGUUCUUUAGUUGGUAAUCACUUCCUUGAUUCUUAUAAAACCUUAAUAAUAAUAAUAAUAAUAAUAAUAAUAAUAAUAUUUAUAUAGCGCGCACAUCAAAAGCUUCUCGUGGCGUUUUACAAUACUGUAAAAUAAUAAAAUAACCUAAUGCACAUAAAUAAAAUUCAAUCAAACAGAAGAGAAU